GAGUCUCCAAUUGUUGCCAGCAACACUUGCCAGCUUCACGGAGCUCGUGGACAACACUCCCCUCAACAAUUAAGAAAUGGCGCGAUCAGCUAAGUCAGCGUUGGUGCUGUGCAUGGAUGUGGGCUUUUCCAUGAGCAACUCUGCUCCUGGUGAAGAGGCCCCCUUUGACCAAGCCAAGAUGGUCAUCCAAAGGUUUGUACAGCGUCAGGUGUUUGCGGAGAACAAGGAUGAACUUGGCUUGGUGCUCUUUGGCACAGAUGAGACAAAAAACUCUCUGGCCAGUGACGGUCAGUACCAGAACAUUUUUGUGCGCCGAAAUCUGAUGAUACCGGAUUUUGAGCUGCUGGAGGACAUCCAGAACCAGGUGCAGCCUGGGAGCCAGCAGGGCGACUGGUUGGAUGCUCUUGUUGUGUGCAUGGACGUCUUGCAGAAGGAGACAUUGGGUAAGAAGUACGACCGGCUCAACAUCGCCCUCCUGACUGACCUGUGCUCGCAGACCAGCGCUGACCAGCUGGACGCCAUCAUCGCCAACAUGAAGAGGGCAGGCAUCACCCUACAGUUCUUUGUACCCUUCCCGGUGGACGAUGAGGAAGAGGGGGAGGAGGGUGAUGACGAGGGGGGCGGACGGAGCACAAGGCAGCCCCCCUAUGGGGGAAAAGGUGUGACAAGGGAGCAGCAGAAUGGGGUGGAGUUGGUGCGGAAGAUCAUGACCUCUCUGGACGAGGAGGGGGGCCUGGAUGAGGUCCACACCUUCAGCGACGCCAUCCAGAAGCUCUCCAUCUUCAAACGGAUCGAGAGGAGGCCUAUGGGGUGGCCAUGUCAGCUGACCAUCGGCGAGUCUCUGUCCAUCCGCAUCGUGGGAUACAAAGCGGUGACGGAGGAGAAAAUUAAGAAGACCUGGGCCAUAGUGGACGCUCAGACCCACCAUAAGGAAGACGUGAAAAGAGAGACGGUCUACUGCCUGGAGGACGACAACGAGACGGAGGUGACCAAAGAGGACACCAUCCAGGGGUUCCGUUACGGGAGCGACAUCGUGCCCUUCUCCAAGGUGGACCAGGAGCAGAUGAAGUACAAGUCCGAUGGGAAAUGCUUCACGGUGCUGGGCUUUUCCAAGCAGGAACAGAUUAAGAGGUACCAGUUCAUGGGCUCCCAGGUCAUCAAGGUGUUCGCCCCCAAAGAUGACGAGCACGCGGGUGUAGCUCUGUCGGCGCUGAUCCGGGCGCUGGAACAGCUGAAGAUGGUGGCCAUCGUCCGCUACGCCUACGACCGCAGGAGCAACCCUCAAGUUGGCGCCGCGUUCCCAUGCGUCAAGGAGAAGUACGAGUGUCUCAUGUAUGUCCAGCUGCCCUUUGUUGAGGAUCUCCGACAGUUUGUCUUCCCUUCUCUGGAGAACAAGAAAUUUGCACCCACAGAGGAGCAGCUGUCUGCAGUGGACUCUCUCAUCGACUCCAUGAUGCUGGUAGAGGAGGCAGAAGAUGGAGACACGGUGGACACCUUUAAGGUCAACCAGCUCCCCAACCCGCAGUUCCAGAGGCUCUUCCAGUGCCUGCACCAUCGAGCGGUGAACCCCGACACCCCGCUGCCCGCGAUGGCCCCCUGGCUGCGGGCGGCUCUGGAGCGCCCCCAGGCGGUGGCGGCGCGCUGCCGGGCCCAGCUGCAGGAGGUGCAGAAGAGGUUCCCCCUCAAGGAGGUCGCGCACAAGAAGGAGCUGAAGACCAGCGUGGACAUUUUCGGGAAAGGCGAGGACGGAGGGCCGGACGCCAAGAGGGCCAAGGAGGACGAGGACGACGAGGAGUACAACCUGAGCAAGAUCUCCGCGGGCGCCACCACGAGCGUGAGCAGCGUCAAUCCAGCCAGGGACUUCUGCACCAUGGUCCGGGAGAAGACCCUCCCCUUCGACCAGGUUUGCCAGCAGCUGAUCCACAGGAUCGAGCAGUUGCUGCCCAAUAAGAGCGUUCACUACUACAUAAAAUGCCUGGAAUGCGUCCGGGCCUUCAGGGAGCAGUCCGUAAAGCUCGACAACGCGGAGCUGUACAACAGCUACCUGACGUCCCUGAAGAGGAGCGUGCCCAACAGGGGACUGGAGGAGUUCUGGGACCUGCUUGCGCAAGAUUCGCUAACACUCAUCAGCACGGACGAGGUUGCAGGAAGUACAGUGUCCAAGCAGGAGGCCAAAGAGUUCAUGGCUGUUAUGAAGCAGGAGGAGGAGGCAAAGGCAGAACCGGAGCCUGGGCCAGAUGAUGUAGAUGACUUGUUGGACAUGAUGUGAAAUCGGUCCGGCUACGUGGGUGGCGCCGGCUUGCCCCGGCCCACGGCGGUGGAAGUGCAAACCAGUCACAAUAUCGUUCUGCCGUUUGCUUUGGGUCCACUUAGUUUGCUCUUAUCUACCAUGGAAACCGUGCAACCAUUGGAACGUAUUUCUUAAAAAAAUGUUUUCUAAAAUUCUCUCUACUUGUAUUUUUGAUUUUUGCUCUUUUUUUUUGUUUUGAUCAAAGCAGGAUAAAGGUUCAGGCACCACCUAGCAUGUGCUCCUGCAUGCACAUGCUUUUUUUUUGCUUUUGUUUCUUUCUACUAGGUUUCUACUGGUAAAGUUUAUAUAUUAGAGUUUAACGUUAAUAAAUUGGAUAUUUGUCCAGCUGCAAGCCCAAGCCGCAUGGAUGCUGGACAAUGUUAGUUUACAGUCUAAAUAGUUUGAUGUGUAUUGUAAUGUUAACUUGGCAAGCUAAUACACCAGUUUUCAAGCUUA